UAUAUCAAUAAAUUUUUGGUGACAAGCCCAAAUUUUUCUUAAAUUUAAAAAAAGAAAAAAAUUUAAAUCGAGUUUGAAGAUCGUCUAGAUUUAGAAUACCUAUUAUUCAGAAUAAUAAUUUAAGAGACAUAAAGAUGUCAGAAUCGAAUGGGCCUACGUUGGAAGCUGGACAGAUAAUUAAACCAUAUGCAAGUCUACAAACUGUUGAAAAGGUCAUCCAUUCUAGAUACGGAAUGAAAGUUAUCAAAAUAAAAGAACUUAACAGUUAUGAUGAUAAAAAUUAUCAUGUGUUGGUCGAUAAAGACAUUAAUAACUCUCACCUAGAGCAUACCUUCCCCGAUGGAUACAUUUUCAAAAUUUUGAAUUCAUAUGAUUCGCAAAAACAGUCCUACAUCGACGCCCAACACGCUAUGAUGCGUUAUCUCUAUACCCGCGGAAUAAAUUGUCCUCAAAUCAUACCUAAUAUCGAAGGUAAGGAUUAUUCUAUUGAAAAAUUGAUCAUUGAAAAAGAAGAUAUCCCAAACCGUGAUAAAUUUGGAUUAUACUUAAUUCGCAUGUUUAAUUUUAUUCCCGGUGAAACACUGAACGAUGUCACGGUCACGCCCGACCUAUGCUACCAAGCAGGGAAAUAUAUAGGGAAAAUAGACAAUUAUCUUUUAAAAUUUCAUCAUAAAGGUUUGGAAGGACACAUGACUAUAUGGAGUCUUGGAAGCGUUCCUAAACUAGUUGAAUUCGCUCCUAAAAUUAGGGACGUUAAUCGUAAAAUUUUGGCAAAUGCCAUAAUUGAAAGAUUUUCCCAACUCGUCACUCCGCACUUAUCAGAAUUCAAAAAAGGUGUAAUACACGGCGACUUUAAUGAACACAAUAUAGUGGUAACCAAAGACUCGAAUGAUGAGCACAAGAUAUAUGGGGUGAUAGAUUUCGGGGACGUUCAUAUUUCUUAUUACAUAUUCGAGAUAGCCCUUUGCAUCACAUAUAUGAUGAUAAAAGUUGAGGAUAGCGAAGUUUUUAGUUGUGGUGGUCAUGUGCUAGCUGGAUAUCUGGAGGAAAUGAGUUUAUCCUACGAGGAACUCAAUUGUUUGCAGUUAUGCAUCUGUGCGAGAUUAUGCCAGUCUUUAACAAUGGGAGAAUACACGUAUUCACUCGACCCUGGUAAUGAAUAUCUAUUAUCUUCUGCUAAAAGAGGUUGGAAAGUCCUUGACAAGAUUUGGGAAGUGGAUAAAGAACCGCUUUACAAUUUAUGGGAUGAAAUAAUUGUUGAAAGACAGAAUGAUAAGAUGAAGAAGGAAGGAAAAUGCACAGAGAUAUAAUUAAGAAAAUUUUUUGACAAAUUCUUGUAAGCUUAUUUAUGAGACAAAUCAUGUAUAAAAUUUAUAGCAAAUUUAAUAUUAUAUUAAAUGAAUUGUUUUAAUAAUUUUACAUCCUAAAAACUCCCAUUAUU